CUAUAUUUAAUGGCUGAAAGAAGAGAUGCUUUUCUUUCCUGUACCCUUACCUUACUCUUAUUCUGGUGUGUAAUGUGCUUGCAUCGAUCGGUCAAAUCGUAGCUUCAGCUGAAUCAAGUCACCACAGAGGAAGGAGGUGCAGCGGCACAGGCAGUACAUGUAAUACACAAAUUCAUCUGGCCAGGGAUCUUGGAGAAAAAUGAAAAAACCCGUUAGAGGAAUAAUUUUAGAAACCAUGUUAAAUUUCCUCUGGAGGGACUGGAAGGACGAAUACACGGUAGAGUGUAAUACAGCAUCUUGUGCUGUUACAUUUUCUUAUACUUUGUUAGGGUGUGCUUUGUUUGGAUUCAGGGUGUCACAGUUAACCCUGUGCUUUACAGAAAAGAAAAAUCCAAAACUUAGAAGAAAUAUUUAGAUAUUUAUUGGCUUCUUUGUUGAACACCCAGCUCCUAACUUUAGUGGCUGUAGUAACUGAUAACUGUGCCCCUUAAAGCAUGCAUGCCUUUUUAUUGGAAAUAACAAGGUAAAGUAAAAACUUCACAUUGCAGGUUUAUUUUGGAAGCCUUUAUAGGUAGCCUAUAUGUAAAGUGAAAACAGUGAGUCAGCCUGAACUGUGCUUUGUAGCAAACCUUUCCAUAGGGUACGUCAAGACUUACGUACCUCAAGACAGAGGGAGGACAACCCAGAAUUAUAUGGAGUUUAUGUAAGUCUGUUGUGUCUCUUGCAAAAUCAAGAGAAGAAAAAAAAUCUUUAAUCAUUCUGUACUUCAGGAUAUAUUCAUCCUGUCUUAAAAAAUAAACUGAUUAUGUAACUCAUGUAGGCUGGGUUUAUCUUUUUCAGACAGCCUAGUUAGCUGGCAGUGUAUAAAUGAUAUGGCACGAAGGGGUUAAGGGCAGAUCUUUCUUUCCAGAGAAAGCUGCUGUAUAUCCUACUUGUGGGCCUCUGAGACUCAAGUGGCUUUCGGGCUUUUGUUGCCUUUACCCAGGUUAUCUGGGGAGGAGCCCCAACAUUAAACCCAGACCACCUGGAAUGGCUGUGAUAUUUAAGCAAAACAUUAUACGAUGAUCAAAUACCCUUGUAAGACGAAUUUCUGAGCUGAGUUGGUGAAGCUGUCUCCUUUCAGGCUGUGAAUGACAUGAUUCUUUGGGAGCCUUGACUGACUAUCAGCUGCAAAACUGCAGAGAACUUGCAAUCUCGAUCAUCGUCAUUAGUAAGAAGUUGAUUAAUAGCUCGGGACUGGGUUGAAUGUGAUUAUGUUGAAUGUUGUAGUUCCAAAAGAGGAGAUCACAUCUUGAUCACGUUGUUCAGAGAUGGUUUUUGCAGUCUGUUAUGUAAGAGAGGCUUGGGAAAAAAAGAAGAGUAGCGGGCUGUGCUAUGGAUACCUGCCGAGGGAAAUACCCCCAAAGCUGCUAGUAGGAAGCUAAGUAUUUAUUUCCAAAUGCCAGUUGCGUGACUUUUUGUGGAUUAUAAGAAAGAUGCUUUUGGGAGAGGACUCCAGCAACAAUUCUCGAGUUCUGUUUGUCAGGUGCCUUAAUAGAUGUUAAAGGCAAUAAAUAGCUCAUCAGUGACACAAGCCUCUGACUUUUGCUGUGGGUUUUUUUAAUAGUGAUACCAAGAUAAUUUGAUCCUCACAUAAUGAACUCUAACAGUCAGUUUCACAAAACAGAAAUAGUAGCAACUAAAAAAAUGUUUUGCAUAAUUCUGAUUUGUAUAAUUUACCUUUGCUGAUAGACGGUAGCAAUUUAAUGACUAUGGUUUGGUGCUGAGUAUUUGUUGCUCAAGACACGUGUAAGAUCAACUUAUGCUAUGAAAGAAGUGCUGGAGUAGUUUAUUUUAAGUGUUUUAAGAAAAGCCUUUUUAGGUAGAGGUGUAGAUUGGCAUGUAAAUGGAGCAGAUAACAGAAUCAGCGGAACUCAUGAGUGUUAAAUUUUGCACUAAAUUUCGGGUACAUUUUCUAUUUCAUGGUUCAGUGUGAUAUGAUUUUUAGAGCUGAUCACUUGUGGAAAUUCCAGCAUAUCUUUGUUAGGAUUUCAAGCAUAUGUUUCUACCCGAGAAGCAACUGUUUUCAGGAGUAUCAGCAAGAUAAGGAAAAUGCAUUAUUACAGUACUCUUCACUUAAAUAAGGACCUGUGGUUUUGAUGCUCAUUGAUUGUGCUUGUAAGUCAAAAAGAGUUUGAUAUUUGAAGUUACAGCUGAGGUUUGACAAAAAUGAAAGUGAUUGUUUUUUCUCUUUGAAGCUCACAGUAAGAUCCUAUUAGAGGAUGAAUUUUGAUGCUUAUUUACCUGCACAAUAUUAAGUUUAGUAGUAGAAUUAUUAAUAACAUACAGGUAAACAAAAUACCUUAAUAGAGGCAGCAGUUUUAAAUAUGGAAAAAUUAAUUUCUUAAGUGACAGAAUGACUCUCAAAUUGGACUAAACCACAUUUACUCUUAAAGAAGAGAUUGCUUGUGUCAUGACAGAAGAUAUUAUACCAGGAAAAAACAUUGUAAUUUUGGCCUUUUUUAACAGGGGUAUGUUGGGAAAAGUAUUUUCCUCUCAUAUGAAUAGGAAGUCUCUGUGCAGGACAGAAACUAUGCCUGUUCCAGACCAGCCCUCGUCUUCUGACAAGACAAGUUCCCUUAGUCCUGUGUUGAACACAUCCAAUGGAGAUGGCUCCGAAACUGAGACAACCUCUGCCAUUCUAGCUUCAGUCAAAGAACAGGAACUGCAGUUUGAGAGACUGACUCGAGAACUUGAGGCUGAACGUCAGAUUGUGGCGAGCCAGCUGGAGAGAUGUAAGCUUGGAUCAGAAACUGGAAGCAUGAGCAGCAUUAGUUCAACAGAAGAGCAGUUUCACUGGCAAACACAAGAUGGUCAGAAAGAUAUAGAAGAUGAACUCACCACUGGUCUGGAGCUGGUGGACUCCUGUAUUAGAUCGCUGCAGGAAUCAGGGAUACUUGAUCCACAGGAUUAUUCAGCCAGUGAAAGGCCCAGCCUCCUCUCCCAGAGUGCACUCCAGCUCAAUUCCAAACCUGAAGGAUCCUUCCAGUACUCAGCCAGCUACCACAGCAACCAGACCCUCGCCCUGGGCGAAACAGCUUCUGCCCAGCUCCCGUCCCGCAGCAGUCAGGCCAGAGGUUCCAUCCAGAGCUACAGCCAGGUAUCAGGGCCCGGGGGCCGCGGCGCCCACCCGGGCGGCCCGGAGCCGCCGCCGCCGCCCGCCGCCCCGCAGCCGCGGGAGCCCUUCGCGCCCAGCCACGGCAGCGCCUUCCACCUGCCCGAGCCCCAGCACGCCGCCGCGCUCUACUACGCCAGCUCCACGCUGCCGGCGCAGCGGGUGAGCUCCCCGCUGCCCGCCCAGCCCGGCGGCUCCCCCACCAAGCUGCCGCGGGCCGGCUCCGCCGCCGAGGGCGCCGCCUACGCCACCGCGCAGCGCCUCUCCUCCCCGAAGCAGUCCCCCAGCCGCCUGGCCAAGUCCUACAGCACCAGCUCGCCCAUCAACAUCGUCGUCUCCUCGGCGGGACUGUCGCCGUCCCCCAUCCGAGUGACCUCCCCGCCCACCGUCCAGUCUAACAUUUCCUCCUCUCCUAUCCACCAGUUAAGCUCCACCAUCGGCACUUACGCCACCCUGUCGCCUACCAAGCGGCUUGUUCACGCUGCCGAUCAGUACAGCAAGCACUCCCAGGAGCUGUACGCCACCGCCACCCUGCAGAGACCCGGCUCCCUCGCAGCUGGGUCUCGGGCAUCUUACAGCAGCCAGCACAGCCACCUUGGCUCCGAGUUGAGGGCACUGCAGUCUCCAGAGCACCACAUAGAUCCUAUUUACGAAGACAGAGUUUAUCAGAAGCCCCCUAUGAGGAGUCUCAGCCAGAGUCAGGGGGACCCUCUGCAACCAGCACACACAGGCACAUAUCGCACUAGUACAGCCCCAUCUUCCCCUGGUGUCGACUCCGUACCCUUACAGCGCACAGGCAGCCAGCACGGCACACAGAACGCAACCGCGACCUUCCAGAGGGCCAGCUAUGCGGCCGGCCCAGCCUCCAAUUACGCAGACCCCUACCGACAGCUGCAGUAUUGUCCUUCUGUUGAAUCACCAUACAGCAAAUCUGGGCCAGCCAUCCCACCUGAAGGGACCUUGGCUAGGUCACCUUCCAUUGAUAGCAUUCAGAAAGACCCCAGAGAGUUUGGAUGGCGGGAUCCAGAGCUUCCAGAAGUUAUACAGAUGUUACAGCAUCAGUUUCCCUCAGUACAGUCGAAUGCUGCAGCCUACUUACAACACCUCUGUUUUGGAGACAAUAAAAUAAAAGCAGAGAUAAGAAGACAAGGUGGAAUACAAUUACUGGUGGACCUAUUGGACCAUCGGAUGACAGAAGUCCACCGUAGUGCCUGUGGAGCUUUGAGAAACUUGGUGUAUGGGAAAGCAAAUGAUGACAACAAAAUAGCUCUGAAAAACUGUGGUGGUAUCCCAGCAUUAGUACGGUUACUCCGCAAGACUACAGAUUUGGAAAUCAGAGAACUGGUCACAGGAGUUCUCUGGAAUCUAUCCUCCUGUGAUGCACUGAAAAUGCCAAUCAUCCAGGAUGCCCUUGCAGUGUUGACCAAUGCAGUGAUCAUCCCUCACUCUGGAUGGGAAAACUCUCCACUCCAGGAUGAUCAUAAAAUACAGCUCCAUUCGUCACAGGUGCUGCGCAAUGCCACUGGGUGCCUACGGAAUGUCAGCUCUGCUGGAGAGGAGGCCCGCAGAAGAAUGAGGGAGUGUGAUGGCCUGACAGAUGCAUUGCUGUACGUGAUCCAGUCUGCUCUGGGGAGCAGUGAAAUUGAUAGUAAGACCGUUGAAAACUGUGUGUGCAUUUUGAGGAACCUCUCAUACAGGCUAGCUGCAGAAACAUCUCAGGGACAGCAGAUGGGAACAGAUGAACUUGAUGGAUUACUCUGUGGUGAUGCCAAUGGAAAAGAUGCAGAGAGUUCAGGGUGCUGGGGGAAGAAGAAGAAGAAAAAGAAAUCACAAGAUCAGUGGGAUGGCGUAGGACCUCUCCCAGACUGUGCAGAACCACCCAAAGGAAUCCAGAUGCUGUGGCACCCUUCAAUAGUCAAACCCUACCUCACACUUCUUUCUGAGUGCUCAAAUCCAGACACGCUGGAGGGGGCAGCGGGGGCACUGCAGAACUUGGCUGCUGGGAGUUGGAAGUGGUCAGUGUACAUCCGCGCUGCCGUCCGCAAGGAGAAAGGAUUGCCCAUCCUGGUGGAGCUGCUCCGGAUAGACAAUGACCGGGUGGUGUGUGCAGUUGCUACAGCUUUACGAAACAUGGCCUUAGAUGUCAGAAAUAAAGAGUUAAUAGGCAAGUAUGCCAUGAGGGAUCUGGUCCACCGACUGCCAGGCGCUAACAACAGCAACAGCUCAGCGAGCAAGGCCAUGUCUGAUGACACCGUGACUGCCAUUUGCUGCACUCUGCACGAAGUCAUCACUAAAAACAUGGAGAAUGCCAAGGCCUUACGGGACGCGGGCGGCAUUGAGAAACUGGUUGGCAUAUCUAAGAGUAAAGGAGACAAGCAUUCGCCUAAAGUGGUGAAAGCAGCAUCUCAGGUCCUCAAUAGUAUGUGGCAGUACAGAGACCUGAGAAGUCUCUACAAGAAGGAUGGAUGGUCACAGUAUCACUUUGUAGCCUCAUCUUCAACAAUAGAAAGGGAUCGGCAAAGACCGUACUCCUCAUCACGCACGCCCUCCAUCUCUCCCGUGCGCAUGUCUCCCAACAACCGCUCAGCAAGUGCCCCAGCCUCACCUCGGGAAAUGAUCAGCCUAAAAGAAAGAAAAACAGACUAUGAAUCAACUGGAACUAACGCCACUUACCAUGGAAGCAAGGGAGAACACACUUCUAGGAAAGACACCAUGACAGCUCAGAACACUGGAAUCUCAACUUUGUACAGGAAUUCGUAUGGUGCGCCUGCUGAAGAUAUCAAACAUAACCAGGUUUCAACACAGCCAGUUCCACAGGAGCCCAGCAGAAAAGAUUAUGAACCAUAUCAGUCAUUUCAGAAUUCAACAAGAAACUAUGACGAGUCCUUCUUUGAGGACCAAGUGCAUCAUCGUCCACCUGCAAGCGAAUACAACAUGCACCUGGGACUAAAGUCAACUGGCAACUACGUCGACUUCUACUCAGCUGCUCGUCCCUAUAGUGAACUUAACUAUGAAACAAGCCACUAUCCAGCCUCUCCCGACUCCUGGGUUUGAGACUUGGGCAGAUACAAAAGCUCCAGGAACUGUGCAUGUGCAUGCAUACCACGAGACAUUUUUUUUCCUGCAAAUUUAGUUUGUUAAAGCCUGUUCCAUAGGAAGGCACAGAUAACCAGUAUGGAGAAAAUUAAGAGAUUUUUUUAGAAGGGUAAAAGAUAUGAAAGCUAAACCUGGGAGUAAUUAGAAAGAAAUAUAUAUAUACAUAUAUAUAUUUUACAGUGUGGGGCAACUUUACUGUUGGCCUGUAGAGUCUAAAGUUGAGUGCUGUAUAUUGAACGUGGCUGAAGGAAGGAGGAAGAACAUGACAGUGGAUCUGGGUCAAGAGUUAAGCACAAGUUACUGAGCAGCAUACAUACUUUAUGGGGAACAGCUUCUCACACCUUGUUUAAUAUCCUCAUUCAUUGUGAAUCUAGGCUUCAAGUUGCAUUUGGGGUUUCCUCUGUACAGCAAGAUGUUUCUUGCCUUUUGUUAAUGCAUUGUUGUAAAGUAUUUGAUGUACAUUACAGAUAAAAAAAAAGGUGCAUUGUGUAUAUUACACCAAUGCCACAGUGUUUCUUCAUCUAUGGUUCUAAAUAUUGCUUCAAUUUCAAAUUUUGAAAGAUGUAUGAAUUUCCAGUUUUUUGUUUUCUUUUCCCCAGUGCGUUUUAACAAAAAAAAAUCAAAAAAAAAUCAAAAAAACAAAAAGGAAUAUUUAGCAGUAUUGUUUGUUCUGAUAUGUGACUUUGUUUGUGGCAACUCAAAAAAAAGGCAUUCAGCAGUUUCUGACAAUUAACAUUCAUCAUUCCACACUCCUUGUCAACAAAGUGCUUUUUCACUGCCUAAAAUUUUAGAUGUAGAUAUUUGAAAUAGAUUUUUUUCAUUUAUACCAGUUUUCUUUAUGAUGAUACAGUGUUAAAAGAAAAUAAAUUACAAUUGAUCUGUCAUCCAUAUUUGCUAAGAAUGUCUAUUUCCAAGAACCUACCAUACAAAUACACAUUCUUACUCGUGUGUGUCCACGUAUGCAUAGUAUUCUGUGUGCGUGUGUUUGAGCGUGUGUGUUUGUGUGGUGUAAUUCUUAUUUUCAUCCAAUGUUCUCCUUGUUGAGCUUCAGUUUUUGUUUGAUUUUCAGUUCUUUUAAACAGUGGAAACUCCAGUAUGUGCUUUCUCUGACUCACUUCCGUAACCAUUGAUAGCAAUUCAACAUUGCUAGGCCACAUGCUCACAAAAGAAGGGGUAGCUGAUUUUUUAUCACCAACUCCAUCACCCUUAGGUGCCAUUUCCUUUAAAAUAACAUCUUUUGAUCUCCUCUUGAGGAAAUUUCAUUACUCUCCAGCCACCAACCAGUAAGUGCUCAAGGAAGGCAGAGUUUGAUCUUGCCAUCUCCCUGAGGGAAUGCAAAACUAAGACCCAUCAGACUUUAAUCUGGACUCUCCAGACUCUUUAGAAGGGUCCAUUUCUUGAACCAUUAGGACAAUCAUUUAUUUUAACCCAUACCAAAAAUAAAAGCCAACACCCAGAACACAUUCCUCAAAUAUGAUGAUAAAGACCAUUUCUGUGCAUUUAAAGUGAAAUUCUAAAAAAUGUAAGGGACAGAGGAUUUUUUUUUAAUUUUAAAAGUAAACAACAGCUACAUAGGCUAGGAAGCCAGAAGAGCUGGCAUAUUCAUCUUAGCUCUUGUAAUGCUGGAAGGAAAAAAAAAGAAGCAUUUCUUCAUUUCCAUGAUUCAGGCAACAAACAGUUCAGCAUACAGUUUUCAGAGCAUAAGACCCACCACUAAUGGAGUAGUUGUAAAUUGCUUAAAUUGCCAAUAAGGAAUUUGUUUUAGGUUGCGAGCAUUUCUGUGGUUAGUCACUGUAAUAGUUUUAACAUCACCUGGCACACUUCUGGCUCUGCCCAGGGGGAGGAGUCUCUCACAAGUCAUCACCUGCUCUAUAGGACGCAGCCCAAGUAGUUCAUGCAGGCAGGUAUUGUGAUGUAGAAUUGGUUUAUUGGUAAUCUAGGUCUAUAGUUUAAUCUUUUGGGCAGCUUUUCCCAGUGUACGAUAUGUAACCUUUGCUCUUUGUAGUAAACAAGGGGAAAAAAAUAGCAUGCAAAAAACUUU